GGUAUCAUUCAUCAUGGCGGACGGAGAUGAAGAAAGCGAAGAAGAUGGUGAAGUAAGUUUUAAAAAGCCUUUGGAACUCUUCGAGCAGAAAAAAAUAGUGCGCAUAUGUGCGCCAAUGGUUAGAUAUUCCAAGCUGCCAUUUCGGACCCUAGUCAGAAGAUAUGGCUGUGACUUGGCAUACACUCCUAUGAUAGUCUCAGACUCUUUUGUAAAAUCUGUUAAGGCCAGGGACAUGGAAUUCACAACUAAUGCAGGUGAUCGCCCUUUAAUUGUUCAGUUUGCAGCAAACAAUGCAAAGGAUUUUGCUGAUGCUGCUGAAAUUGUAGCACCGUUUUCUGAUGGUGUUGAUCUUAAUUGUGGCUGCCCUCAAAGAAUUGUGUCACAAACAUCCAUGUAUUAUAACCCCUUUUUUACUAGUUCUUUGGUCUUUUUGAUUCAAGAAAGUGUAUUGAUUCCAGUUGUGGCCAAUGGAGAUAUCAAAACAGAAUCAGAUGUUAUAAAUGUCCAUGAAAAAACAGGAGUCGGUGGUGUGAUGGCUGCCAGAGGAAUUUUGAACAACCCAGCGAUGUUUGCAGGGUAUCAGUCAACUCCUUUACAAUGUGUCACAGAUUGGGUUGAUGUUGCUCUUUCCCUUGGCACUCCUUUCACCAACUUUCAUCAUCAUUUGAUUUACAUGUUAGAGAAAGUGACAACAAAAGCAGACAGAAGAGUGUUCAGUGAGCUUAAAAGUAUACCUUCAGUUCUGGAAUAUCUUAGAGUAAAUUACAACAUCUAAAACAGGAAUAUGAUGUAAAAAAGUUUACUGUAAGUCUGUUGGGAAACACUCAGUGUAACUGUUGGUUUAUCAAUGGCGAAGGAGGCAGGGCAAAUGAAGAACUGACCACAAACAGUAAAGGGCAUGACAUGAAGUUACUAAAAAAAUGAAGUUACUUUUUCUGCUCAGUAAUGGAUGUUGGCUCAAAGUCAGGGGUUUGAAUAAAAGCAGGUUAGCAGA